AUGAUUCCCAUAUGCCCGGUGGUUUCCUUCACCUAUGUGCCCAGCCGGCUGGGGGAAGAUGCCAAAAUGGCGACCGGCAACUACUUUGGAUUCACCCACAGCGGGGCGGCGGCGGCGGCGGCCGCGGCCCAGUACAGCCAGCAGCCAGCUUCGGGUGUAGCCUACUCUCAUCCAACUACAGUUGCUAGCUACACUGUCCAUCAGGCCCCGGUAGCUGCUCACACAGUUACCGCUGCCUAUGCCCCAGCAGCUGCUACAGUUGCGGUUGCCAGGCCUGCUCCUGUAGCUGUCGCAGCUGCUGCAACAGCUGCCGCUUAUGGAGGCUACCCCGCUGCGCACACAGCCACGGACUAUGGUUACACCCAGAGACAACAAGAAGCACCGCCCCCACCACCUCCAGCCACUACACAAAACUACCAGGACUCAUACUCAUAUGUAAGAUCCACCGCUCCUGCUGUAGCUUACGACAGUAAGCAGUACUACCAACAGCCAACAGCAACUGCUGCUGCUGUAGCCGCUGCUGCCCAGCCUCAGCCUUCUGUUGCUGAAACCUACUACCAGACAGCCCCCAAAGCAGGUUAUAGCCAAGGUGCAACUCAGUAUACACAAGCCCAGCAAACUCGACAAGUGACAGCCAUAAAACCAGCGACACCGAGUCCAGCCACCACCACGUUCUCCAUUUAUCCUGUAUCUUCCACCGUGCAGCCAGUAGCCGCUGCAGCUACCGUGGUGCCAUCCUACACCCAGAGUGCUACUUACAGUACCACGGCAGUUACUUAUUCUGGUACGUCUUAUUCAGGUUAUGAAGCAGCAGUGUAUUCAGCUGCGUCCUCCUACUACCAACAGCAGCAGCAGCAACAGAAGCAGGCAGCGGCUGCGGCUGCGGCUGCGGCUGCCACAGCUGCCUGGACAGGGACCACCUUCCCUAAAAAAGCACCAUUCCAAAACAAGCAGCUGAAACCAAAACAGCCUCCCAAACCGCCCCAGAUUCACUAUUGCGAUGUCUGCAAGAUCAGCUGUGCUGGCCCACAGACUUACAAGGAACAUUUAGAAGGACAGAAACAUAAAAAAAAAGAAGCUGCAUUGAAAGCCUCACAAAGUACCAGCAGCAGCAGCAGCUCUGCUCGUGGGACUCAGAACCAGCUGCGCUGCGAGCUCUGCGACGUGUCCUGCACGGGAGCAGAUGCCUAUGCUGCCCACAUUCGCGGUGCUAAGCACCAGAAAGUGGUUAAAUUACACACAAAACUUGGUAAACCCAUUCCUUCAACAGAACCAAACGUUGUUAGCCAAGCUACUGCUUCAACAGCUGUGUCCGUUACAAAACCGACUGCCUCUCCUUCAAGCAUUGCAGCAAGCAAUUGUACUGUGAAUACUUCAUCAAUUGCAACUUCUUCAGUGAAAGGUCUUACAGCUACAGGAAACGCGUCUCUUAACAGCACAUCCAACACUAAAGUGUCAGCAGUGCCUACAAGUAUGGCUGCCAAGAAGACAUCUACACCCAAAAUAAACUUUGUGGGUGGUAAUAAGCUGCAAUCAACAGGAAAUAAAACAGAAGACUUAAAAGGAACAGAAUGUGUUAAAGGCACUCCUGUUACUUCUGUACAGAUUCCAGACGUAAAGCCAGACACAGUGUCUGAACCAGUCACGCCUGCGUCUCUGGCUGCUUUGCAGAGUGAUGUGCAGCCAGUGGGCCAUGAUUAUGUGGAGGAGGUACGAAAUGAUGAGGGAAAAGUAAUUCGAUUCCAUUGUAAAUUAUGCGAGUGCAGCUUUAAUGAUCCCAACGCUAAGGAAAUGCACUUAAAAGGCCGAAGACACAGACUUCAAUAUAAAAAAAAAGUCAAUCCAGAUUUGCAAGUAGAAGUAAAGCCCAGUAUUCGAGCAAGAAAGAUUCAAGAAGAGAAAAUGAGGAAGCAAAUGCAGAAAGAGGAGUAUUGGCGGAGACGGGAAGAAGAAGAGCGCUGGAGAAUGGAAAUGAGACGUUAUGAAGAGGACAUGUACUGGAGAAGAAUGGAGGAAGAACAGCACCACUGGGAUGAUCGCCGCCGAAUGCCUGAUGGUGGCUACCCUCAUGGUCCCCCAGGUCCGCUGGGCCUUCUCGGAGUCCGACCAGGCAUGCCUCCUCAGCCACAGGGGCCCGCACCUUUACGACGUCCUGACUCAUCUGAUGACCGUUAUGUAAUGACAAAACAUGCAACCAUUUACCCAACUGAAGAGGAAUUACAGGCAGUUCAGAAAAUUGUUUCUAUCACUGAACGUGCUUUAAAACUUGUUUCAGACAGCUUGUCUGAACAUGAGAAGAGCAAGAACAAAGAAGGAGAUGAUAAGAAAGAGGGAGGUAAAGACAGAGCUUUAAAAGGAGUUUUGCGAGUGGGAGUACUGGCAAAAGGAUUACUUCUCCGAGGAGAUAGAAAUGUCAACCUUGUUUUGCUGUGCUCAGAGAAACCUUCAAAGACAUUAUUAAGCCGUAUUGCAGAAAACCUACCUAAACAGCUUGCUGUUAUCAGUCCUGAGAAGUAUGACAUAAAAUGUGCUGUGUCUGAAGCGGCAAUCAUUUUGAAUUCAUGUGUGGAACCCAAAAUGCAAGUCACUAUCACCCUAACGUCUCCAAUUAUUCGAGAAGAGAACAUGAGGGAAGGAGAUGUAACCUCGGGUAUGGUGAAAGACCCACCGGACGUCUUGGACAGGCAAAAAUGCCUUGACGCUCUGGCUGCUCUCCGCCACGCUAAGUGGUUCCAGGCUAGAGCUAACGGCCUGCAGUCCUGUGUGAUUAUCAUACGUAUUCUCCGGGACCUUUGUCAGCGAGUUCCAACUUGGUCUGAUUUUCCAAGCUGGGCGAUGGAGCUGCUCGUGGAGAAAGCCAUCAGCAGUGCUUCCAGUCCGCAGAGCCCCGGAGACGCACUGAGAAGAGUGUUUGAGUGCAUUUCUUCAGGGAUUAUCCUGAAAGGCAGUCCGGGCCUUCUGGAUCCUUGUGAGAAGGACCCCUUUGACACCUUGGCCGCCAUGACUGACCAGCAGCGGGAGGACAUCACCUCCAGUGCACAGUUUGCAUUGAGACUCCUUGCAUUCCGCCAGAUACACAAAGUUCUAGGCAUGGACCCGUUACCCCAAAUGAGCCAGCGUUUUAACAUCCACAGCAACAGGAAGCGAAGAAGGGACAGUGACGGAGUUGAUGGAUUUGAAGCUGAGGGGAAGAAGGAUAAAAAAGAUUAUGAUAACUUCUAA